AUGGAAAAUACAGCUUCGCUUGUGAGCGAAGACUUUUUAAAUAACAAUGAAAUCCAAUGGCAACCUCUUGCUCUCACUUUAGUUGAAUAUCCAAAGGGUGAUCUUUUAGGUAAAUUUCUUGCUUUUAUGAGCCUGGCCCCCUUUGGAAUCGGUGCAGGAUUUGUUACAUUAAUAUUAUUCCGUAGAGAUCUCCACACUAUAGCUUUCUUUUUUGGAACAUUAGUAAAUGAGUUAUUGAACAUUAUCUUAAAGCAUUUGAUAUGUGAAGCAAGACCACUCAGCAGAGGUCAUUUAUACAAUGAAUAUGGAAUGCCAUCAUCACAUGCUCAAUUUAUUUGGUUUUUCAGUAUUUAUGUGUUAUACUUCUUUGCUAUAAGAUUACAUCAUAUAAACAAUAACAGCAUUAUAUCAGCCUUAUGGCGAAUUAUUAUAGUUGGUAGCUGUCUAAUAUUAGCUUUAAUUGUGUGCAUUGGGAGAGUUUAUCUUCACUACCACACAACAGCACAGGUUAUUGUCGGCGGUAUUAUCGGAGUCAUAUUUGCCACUAUAUGGUUCUUUGUAGUGCAUAGAAUACUGACUCCUUUGUUUCCUCAACUAGUGACUCUAAAGGUGUGUGAAAUGCUAAUGAUAAGAGAUACAACUUUGAUACCAAACGUACUGUGGUUCGAAUAUACAACAACAAGGCAAGAGGCGCGUGCGCGAGGCCGCAAGAUGGCAGCCCUGAAGCCCACUCAAUGACGGUGCGCAUGCGCGCGCGCUCCCAGCACGAGCCUGAGGCUACGCGCGUGACGUUUCAUAGCCGCCGGCGCGCUGGCUCUACUCGGCGGCUUUAUUAUAUCUAAAUCGGAACCGCGCUCAAUACUGCCGUAUUGACAUUUAUUUGUACCUAUUACAGCAAAAUUAUGUUUAUUCCAUUUCGUCACUUUUGCAAUUAUAAUGUAAUAUGUCCAGCAAGUCUAGUUGCGUUGACGAGUGACUAUAAUACAUAUUUUAUUAGAUUAAUAAGAUAUGUUGGUUAUAGAUAUUAGAGAAAUAUAAAAUUGUUCGAAUAAGGUUUACAUAGUCUAUUCGAAGUGCAAUUUUAAACUGCAUACCCUAUUUAUAAUAUAGGUACGUUAGGGUAACAAGUAGUUGUCUUUUUUUCAUCCAAGCCUAUAGGAAUUCAGUCUAUAGGAAUUUGUCAUAAAAAAUUUUAAUGCAAAAAAAAAAAUAUAAAUAAUAAACUAUCUCUUUAAAAUGACAACCUUUGUUGCCUAUAGUAGCAGCCGUAAAUUUUUUACUGGUGGAUUAAGGCCGCGCUUCCAUUAAAAAGUAAAUCAAAAUAGUAAUUAAAAUGUUCCAUUAAAAAAAUUAUUGUUAAAAAAAUUGUAAAUGAGUUUUCUGCUAGCAAAAAUCUGAAGUUGUGACUUAGAAACUUUUUAUUUCUAUAUAUAAGUCAAAUGUUGUUUGAAGAAAGUUUUAAUAAAUAUUAAUCAUAGCAUUAUGCAAUAUGAAUCUUAGUAUGAUAGUAACCAAACGUCAUGA